ACUACCGUAUCCUCCUCACGUCCCAUUCACGCCAAUUAUUCCGAUUCCAGAUUAUUUGUGUUGGAGUGGGUCUGCUUUUCGGCUGAGUUUGCAUGUCGAAGGGUAAAGCAGGAGUUUAGUUGGGAGGGAAAACUGUAGAAAGAUUUGCAUUAGCGUGGAGUUUGUGUGGGAGCUGCUCGCUGGGGAUUGGCAGGGUUUCAGUUCCCUCCUGAAGGGAAAACGGCUGCUUUAUCUGCCAUCAGCUGCAGGCUGAAGUGGAGUAAGACAUCUCUCUGGAUUCCUGUUCACCUGUAAACUGGAGGUUUGGAUAAGACAGCUGCGUUUUGCUCUUUUUGUCUUGAUCUUUUAUUAAAGCUUGAAUGCUGCUGGCUGAGUAAUAUGAGUAAUAAAGUUCUCCCAGCUGAGCAUGUCGCGUCUUCCUGACAUGCACGUGUAACUUCUGAGCAUGGAGAUGGUGCUUGUCAGCAAUCGUUACUUCAGGAAGAAAAAACCCAAAGCAUCAGCGGAGAAAGCAAUGAGCCGGUGAUGGACAACUACAGACUGGAAUCACUGUUAAUGGUAGAAGAUGGUGAGGACUGAAAUGAGGUGGAAUAAUUUACUGACACUCUGAUGGACAGCCACCAGUGAAUAAGCGAAUAGUACUGCCUCAGAGACAGGAGAACUCGGGUCCAUUCUCUCAUGGACCUGUGCAGCAGGAACCCAAACCGCACGGUGCCUGUGAGCGAUGGCGUGCCCAGACGAGCCGACGUACCCCUGUGCUCCAGGACAAACGGGUGGAGCUGGCCUCCUCACCCCUUCCAGCUGUUGGCCUGGCUUCUCUACCUUUACUUUGCAGUCACAGGCUUUGGAGUUUUCAUCCCUCUGCUGCCGUCACACUGGAUCCCGGCUGGCUAUAUUUGUACGGGCAUUACGUUCGUUUGUCACCUGCUCGUGCACCUGACCGCUGUCUCCAUCGACCCUGCGGACUAUAACGUCAGAGCAAAGAGCUACAAAGGACCACUGCCUGUGUUCGACCGCACAAAACACGCCCACGUCAUCGAGAACUGCCACUGUUACCUCUGUGAGGUGGAUGUAGGGCCGAAAUCCAAACACUGCAGUGCCUGUAAUAAGUGUGUGGCCAGUUUUGAUCACCACUGCAGAUGGCUGAACAACUGUGUGGGCAGCAGAAACUAUUGGGUUUUCCUGAACAGUGUCAUAUCCGCUCUGCUGGGCAUAUUUUUAAUUGUGAUCAUUGCCACAUAUGUUUUCAUCGAAUUCUUUUUGGAUCCAUCGAAGCUUCGAUCUGAUAAACACUUCCAGCAAGUGAAGAAUGAAUCUGUGGUGUGGUUUGUGUUCUUGCCGGUGGCUCCGGUUUCUACAGCAGGCCCAGCCAUCCCUGCACUGGCAGGAGUAACCAUCACGAUGGGGCUUCUUUCUUCAUUACUGCUCGGCCAUUUACUGUGUUUCCACAUCUACCUCAUGUGGAACAGGCUGAGUACAUACGAGUACAUCGUUCGACAGAGACAUCGACAGGAGACAAGAGACACUAACAAAGGCCCUUCAGGGAACGAGCCUGGAGUUCCCAAGAUGAACCUCAUCAAGGAUGUGAGCUACUCGGGUACUCUAGGCUACACCAAUCCCGAGAUGGAGGUGGAGGAUCCCACCACCAGGAGCUCACAUGGAAAUCCCGAGUUGUAUGGUAACGGCAGGAUCAGAAGCUCACUAGAAAGAAUGGCUGAAGAGGAGCUACUCCCUAAUGUGUCCACAGAGCAGAAACCAGCGCCUCGUCCUUCCAAAAACACACAGAAGAAAAAGAAGAAAGUGCGUAAAAUACCAGCAGAAGUGAUCAAUGACCGAGUCACAGAGAUGAGCACGAGCAGAGGCAUGGCACAUCAUUCAGCCGAGCAAGAGUCCUCCGUAGCCGCUGCCACUCUGUCCUCAUCCCUAAGCCAGCGCCUCCCUUUCCCAGCAUUCCCUGUGCGGGUGACCCUCCCCCCUCUGGCCCCUGUGCAGGCUGCCGGCCCCCCGGCUGAGUACCACUCUGAUUCCGCAGAGUCUCUGGAGGAGAUCCCCGUAGCUCUGGCACGCCUGGGCACUGCCACACCAGCACGGGUGCCCAUCACUACCGUCGGCCAUUCCUCCUCCACACAACGUGUUUUGCUUCAGCCAUUACCCUCUCCACAGCCCAGGACCAAAAAGAAGGCUGUGGCUCGCAAGGCUGCAGAAGAGAGAUUCGAGCUGGCAUCCCAUAAUCCUUUUGUGUUUGUCAGUAGAGGAAAUGGAGAGGCUACCUUAACUCUGGACGGCGGCAGAGCGGAGGAUGGACUCGGGUACGUGGGAAAACGCAAGCACACAAGCAAGAGGAGAGGCACAGAGGAGGCAAGACUCAGCUCCAGAUCAAACACACCGCUAGCAUAGGAAUACAAGUGCCAUGACUUACCUGGCUUAGCAAAAUGCUAGCAAAACUUCCCAGAGAUAAGCUGCAUCAUGUAAAAUACAAAUCCACUGGCACUACAAUCUCAGAUGUAGCAACAAAUGCCUCAGUUCACCUAUGCAACCACCACUGAGUGUAGGCUUUCGAACUGGAGUCUGAUGAAUCUUUUGAGAAAUUUCAUUUAGCAUUUCGUUUAUUUCAAUACAUUUUGCUAAUCACGUCUCUUGUAGCAUUGCACAAUUGUAUUUGUACAUUUUUUUAUUUAUCAUAACAGUUUUAUCAACUAUUAAUUCAUAUUGAAUGCCAAAGCUCAUAUAUUGUGUACAGUCUAUAGCAGAUUGAAAUAUCUGUUGACUGUUGCUCUAAACAUAUAUUCAGUGUUUUUUUUUUCUUCUUCCAUAAUUCUUAUAUGUUUAGCUAUAAUAUUACCAUUCAUGUUUUACAAUGGCACAUUUUCUUGUAUUAUGACCUACCUAGUUUAAUGUUUCGUUCUUACACUUCUUACGUUCUUACAGAAAUGACACUCAUUCCCUUGAUCAUGAGCCGAGUCCUAAAUAUCCCAAAUGGAGCCCUAAGCCCUACAGUCCUCCUCCAUGUCCACACUCUGGUGAUGUAGUUGAGGAUGUAGGCCUGUGGUGUGUGAGCGAUUCAGGCACAAAGAUGUAAAAGCAAGCAUUUAGGGGCGGUCCUUAAAAUUUCAUUACAUUCCAGUUGUGUUGGUUAACGAUGGCCGUUCAGUGAUUGCCAGAGGAGGGUCACAAAACUGCACAGUUAUUACUCACUCCGAUGCUUGUACUGAUUAUACGAGGAAAAAGUUCAUCAUCGUUUCGAAAGAACAUAUUGCCUAAAAUCAGACAGACGAAUUUAAAUGAUUGUGCGUAAUAAAUCUGUAUCUGUUUUCUUACCAGGAUUUGUUUCACAAAGCUAUUAUUCUUGUAAUUAUUCUAGUCUGUUAUUAUUAUGCCAUUUGAUGGCAAGUUUAAUAACUAAUAGAGGUGUAUGCAGGAAUUUUUUUUCCUGCUUCCAAAGGAUUUCAGAAUUUCUGAGGAUUUCUGCUCUUUCUGACCAAUCCCUGCAGAAAGUUUAAUCAGUCCCACUGUCUCGCACAUUUAUUAUUUCUGGCUAUAAUAUUUUUCUAAUAAAAUAAGCUAGUUCUAUUUGUCAAGCUAUAAACUAUUUAGUGAUUAAACCACUGUGACACUGACUAGGAUAACGUUCUUACUGACGAUGAAUGAAUGAAUGAAUGAAAGAACACAGUAAACACAUUGCACAGUGGUGUUCAAGCAUCCAGUAUGCUACUGUGUUAUAAAUGUGGCCUUUCUUCGUAUCUGUAUUUUGUUGGCUUUAACGUUGCUGCAUCCGCUUUGCCUCGCUCUUAACAAACCCAUCCACUGUGACCGGUCCUCAUAAAUCAUUGCAAAGUGUUUUAAGUAAGAGACAACUGCUGAGUCCAUUUUGCUGCUAGGCUUUGUUAAAGUGCACAGUAAAUGUGUAUAGUGAGCACUGUUUUGAAGCCAUAAAUAAGAAGUACAGCAUCUUGCAUCUAAGCGAGGACCAGGAACCCGCAAGUGCGCCAUUUGGGAUGGGGACUAUAUCUGCACAUGCAUUUUCUUGUAUAGUAUUUUGUUGGAAACUUGCAGUAUUUUCUUUUUGAAACAGCCCAGGCACUAUAUAUUUUCUAGAGAUUACUACUGGGAAAAAAAACUUGUUGCUUGUUUUGUGUCAUUUUAUGUCUUGGCAACACUAAUGGAUAGAUCAGGCCAGUUUUGAGGUUUAUUUCUAAUGAUCACAAAAGGCGUCCUCUUUUUAGGCUGACCUUAAACAGUUAUUUUCCUGGAUUAUCCUGUGGUGUAGGGUGUGUAAAUUCCAGCUUUAACCCCAGGUCAGACAUGGCCGCCCUGAUUUACACGCAUAUACAUUAAACAUGCUCAAUAUUUACGGCUCAUCAUGCCGUAGUGUUGGAGUAUAUGCGGAAUAUCUUGUGUAAAAGCGCAAUCUUGACGGCAUGUGGUGCCAUGAAGUGUGUGGUGUUGGGCGACGAAUGUAAUGUGUGGGGUUUGACGACUGAAGGAUGAUCCAGUGCACAAACCUGUGAAAUCUGUCAUAUCUGGUGUCUUUCACAUUUCUAUCAUCAGUUACGAUUGUAUAACUUAUACUUUGGCC